AUGACAGUUCAACAAUUGAGCACAUUUCAGGAUACUGACCUCAGUAAUCACAAGAAAAUAUGGGCCACACUUAUCACGAACGAUAAAUAUGUUCCUGGAUUAUUGACGUUGGAUUAUUCACUAAAAAGAUCCAAAUCAAAAUAUCCUCUAGUAGCAAUGUAUACUGAGCAGAUUGACCCGGAUUCCUUAAAUGCAAUUGCGCAAAGAGGGAUCCCAAUUCAUAGGAUCCAUAAACUCAAACCAGCCAAAUCACCAGAACUAUCAAACGAUCCCAGGUUCAACGAGUGCUGGUCUAAAUUAUAUGCUUUUAAACUCACACAAUUCGAACGUGUUGUUGAAAUGGACAGUGAUAUGGUUGUCACUCAAAACAUGGACGAACUCAUGGAUAUCCCUCUCAGUUCUGACACAGCCUUUGCCGCCGCACCAGCCUGCGUUUGCAAUCCGUUCAAAUUGGCUCAUUAUCCGCACGAUUGGGUCCCUUCAAACUGUUCUUUCACAGAAUAUGAAAAGAAAAAGAUAUCUGGUAUUAAUCCACGUGACCCAUUUUGGGAAGUGAAGGGCCCAAGUGCUGAAUUGGGGCUAAAAACGUGCAACGGAGGACUCGUGGUCAUCAAACCGAGUAAGACUAACUAUCAAAAAAUCCUCGAGACAUUGCAAAAUCCAGAAAAGACAGCCACUUAUAAGUUCACUGAUCAGGAAUUAUUGUCGGACAUCUUUGAGAAUCAUUGGCUCUGUUUGUCGUACGUGUACAACUCCUUGAAGAGCUUCACUAGUUGCCAUCCAGAUAUCUGGGACCUAAAGAAGAUUAAGAAUAUUCAUUACAUCCUUACACCGAAGCCAUGGCAAGUCGAUCCGGAUCAAUAUGAUGAUACCACUGGCACGUUCUCUCUCUGGUGGUCAGCUAAUGAGGAGCGUAAGCGUUUGGAGAAAAAACUUGGUUUGAAAGAUUUUGGAUCCUAA